AUGCUCUUUUUCUUUCCAAUAGCGCUCCUCGCGCUCCUCACGCCCACACUCCACGCCACCUCCCCCAACACCUCCCCCGUCGACAUGACCAUAUCCCUCACAUCAACAACGCGCAUCACACUCGCUACGACUGUGACUGUAACCAUGACGAUGACUUCCGCCAACGCCAACGCCAACAUCAACGCCAACGCCGAUAUUCCAACCCGCGAGGUCGUUACGGCGCCAACCAUUGCCACUGCCAUCGCAACUACGCCAACGACGCCUACAGCGUCUUCGCCUCCAACGUCAAACUCAGCCACGACGCAAGGUCUCAGCAAUGGCGCGCUGGGAGGAAGGGGGGUGGGGUAUAGUGGUUUGGGCGUGGGCGUGGUUGUUGCGGGAUGGGUGGGUGUUUGUGUUUAUGUCUGA